AUGUCUCUCACAUACUCCGCGGAGCGGCAGGUCGCUAUCGCGGCGGUCAGGCGGGCGUGCGUCCUCACCGACUCCGUCUUCAACAAACUCGUACGAAACGAGACCCUGACCAAGGACGACAAGAGCCCAGUGACUGUGGGCGACUUCUCGGCACAAGCAGUGAUCAACACAAUUCUCGGGCGCACUUUCCCGCAGGACCCAAUUGUCGGCGAAGAAGAUUCCGCUGACCUGCGCACAGAAUCUGGCGCAUCUUUGCGUGCUCGCGUCGUCGAGCUCGCAAAUGAGGCUCUCAGGGCCGACCUUCGGACAGGCGAGAAGGAGGAGUGGGGGCUCGGCCCCAAAUACACAUACUCAGCAGAGGACCUCAUGGAGACCAUUGACCGAGGGAACUACGCUGGUGCUCGCAGUGGACGCAUGUGGACGCUCGACCCCAUAGACGGCACCAAGGGCUUCUUGCGCGGCGAGCAGUACGCGGUUUGCCUCGCACUUAUCGUCGACGCCCGCGUCGAGCUCGGAGUCAUCGGCUGCCCUAACCUGCCUGCCGACGCGGCAGACCCAACCGGCGCACGCGGCAGCCUCUUCGUUGCCGUGCGCGGGCAGGGCGCGUACCAGCUGCCGCUGGCCGAUCCGUUGGCCGAGAGCGUACUGCAAAAUCGGCUGGUGAUCCCGGCGUUCGCGCAGGACGAGCUCAACCUGCUCGAGAGUGUGGAGAAGGCGCAUGCGAAGCUGUCAUUCAACGAGCGCGUCGCGCGGCUGCUGGGCAUCACACGCGCGCCGACGCGCAUGGACAGCCAGGCGAAGUACUGUGCGCUGGCGCGAGGGGACGGGGGCGUGUAUCUCCGGAUGCCGACGGGGGUGGGAUACAAAGAGAAGAUCUGGGACCAUGCACCCGGCUCCGUGCUCGUGGAAGAGGCAGGAGGUAUUGUUACCGAUUCCAGAGGCGAGCCCCUGGACUUUGGGCUGGGCAGGACACUUGGAGAGAACUAUGGGGUAGUGGCGGCUGGAAAAGCUGCUCACGGGAAGGUUUUAGAGGCAAUACGUCUUGCUAAGCAAGAGGAGGAUGAACAUAAGCUGUGA